AUGUCGGCACUUCACACGCGGGGACACAAACGAGUGUAUCAGGCCUGUGAGCCUUGUCGGGAGAAGAAGGUGCGCUGCGAGUUGGGAUCCGCCGACUAUCCGAGUGCGCCACCUUGUGCGCGGUGCUGCAGGGAGAGAAAAGAAUGCUUUUUUGCAGAGUCUAGGAUAAGGAAGACCGCCUCAGCAAAGCGAAAAGCCUCAUCACCGCCUCAAGGAGAUGUUGGCAGGCCCGCACCGGACUCGAGGGGCACACCCUUGCCCCGCACCAAUUCGAGCGCGCUAGAAGAGCGACAAAGGUUCCCGGGGGAUGGGCGUGCUGCAGCUGCUUUGCUGGAAGGUCACCCUCGUACCUAUCAUGAUGCCCUGACACUGCUCUCACAGGCCUGUGAGCAUAGGGAGAUCCGAAAGGGGGGAAAUGAUGGUUCAGCUCCGAUCAGCAUUCAUCCAGACUUCAGGCACGCUUCCGCUCACUCGCCUCCUCCAAACAAUGUCGACGUCGACAAUAAUAGGACAGAGACACAAAAUGCCUUGCAGGCAUGGUCAAGGGUACGAUUUGUGCGCGGUGGACUUUUCACAGCUGAAGAGGCCCUGGACAUGGUAGAUUAUUUCUACCGCUUCCAGUCAGCUUUCUCUCCUGUGGUGCCAGAGUGCUUCCGGGAGCAUUCCCAUCAUGCCGCGCUGAUUGAGGAGGAACCAAUAUUGACCAUAACCAUUCUGAUGAUCGGCUCGCGGUACCGAAAGUGGACUGGGCCUGCUGCGGUUGCACGUUCCUACAUCGUGCAUGAUCGCAUUUGGAGAUACUUGCAGCAAAUGAUCUCCCGUCUGUUUUGGUCCGACGACUUGUUUGUUGGGGAAUUUUCCUCGCAUAGGCCCGGGUAUACCGAUAGUUGGUCGCAUGGUUUCCGCACAUUAGGGACCUGUGAGGCGUUACUCCUGUUGCUCGAUUGGCACCCACGGGCUCUGCAUUUCCCACCCCCCGAUGAGGAUACUUCGUCAAUCGUACUUCCGGAGCCCAAGAGGCCGCGUCCGACGAGUUCGAGGACCGCAAAUCAUGGCGCUGGGUCUGGGCAUGACUGGCUCGCCCGGUCGGAUCGCCUUUGCUACUCCAUGCUGUCGAAUGUCCUGAUGCUGGCAACCGAAAUUGGUAUUUUUAAUGAAACUACUUCUUCGCAAGCGGAAGACCACCACGACCAGUUUAGUACAGCGCGUGACAGAGAAAGAUUCCAUCGCAUACAGUCUUUGAUAUGGGUUUAUGCAACACAACAACCCGGUCGGCCAGGCCAAAAGAUCCCGAUACAAUGUGCACCCGUCCGGGUUCCUGGCGUCAAGAAUGACGAUGCAACGGAAUGCUGGAUGCGCGUCGCAAAUAUCAUGAACAAGGUCAACGAUCUAUUAUUCCCAUCACCCAAAUAUACCAGCGACAUCAUACGGAAUGGGCGGUACCUCCAGGUUCUCCGCGAUGUCCAACCACUCCUGAAUGAAUCAAACGUUCAGUUUGAUCAUGCCAAAUGUAUGUUUCUAUGUGCUCACGCCAUAAUCUCGAUUGACCCAAAUCUCCAUCUAGUGGCAAGGCAGACGCGGUGUAUUCUGGCCAUUGAAUAUGAUUAUGCUCAGCUGUGUAUAUUCAGCAUUGCUCUGCAAGCUGUGAUCAAUCGAAAUCGCCGGGAUGAUAUAAGUGGCAGGCUGGAGAGCUGUCCGGAGGAUACUUCAUUGGAGGAAAGAAAUCAUUUGAGUGCUACUGUGAAAGCCGCCCGAGCAAUCUUGAAGAUUGUAUUGGACGAUCUACUUCCCCAAGGCAGUCUAACAUACAUCCCUGUUCGAUCAUACUCCAGAAUCCUUGGUGCGACACUUAUUCUUCUCAAGUGUUGCGCAGCUGGUAUCAGAGAAGUCGAAAUCCCAUCGGCUCUCGAUCAGGUUCUACAGGUUGCUGCUGGUCUUCGAAGCUCUGCGGUCGAUGAUACCCACCUGAGUGCGCGUUGGGGGGACCUCAUAGAAAGUCUCGCACAUCGACUGCGAUCGCGCCUGGCGCAACCAGUCUCCCCCAGAUCUCAGAGCAUGGGACUGCAGCUCCCGGCACUGGUUUUGGGAAAUAAUACCGCCGCUUCUCAACAAUACGAUCAACAUCAUCCUUUGACAACAUAUUCUGCGUCUCAGGGUCUGCCUGCUCGAUCAGAUGUGCAAGAUCACGCUCAGUUCGAUGUGUGGUCAAUGUGGUGGGACGAUCAAUUUUCCCAGGCCAACCUCAACUUUAUGCCCUGGUAUCCAACUUUAGGGCUUGUAGAAGGAAGCGAUCCAGCAUUGUCGAAUGAUCAUUCUGUUGGGGGUAUCCUCGGAGGUUCGGGAUCGCUGUAUUAA